GGUUUCUAGGUUUUUAGCGUGGUGGUAGGUGUUGGCUCAGUGUUGUGGUCUCAGGGUGCUCUGCAAUCUAUUCGUCGUCCUACGUAGCUGUGACGUUCGUUGUACUGCAAAACCGCGCGGCGUGUUUUCAGAUGCGACUCACCAGACAUCUGUCUCAAAUACGUACUAAGAAGGAAUAAAAUAAAACAACAGAUCGUCUGGAAAAGCAACAGCCUUUCUCCUUCAAAAUGAGCGAUGAUACAGACUCCCCUCCUGACAGGGAAAUGAAGGAUUUUCAGUUUCGUCAGAUGAAGAAAGCAAGGGUUUUCGAGCCCACUGGAGAUUUGCCAAAAGAAAGAUCUACUCUGCUUACCGUCUCAAACAAAUUUGGUUUAACUUUUGUUGGGCUUGACAGAACAUUCAAAGUUUACCUAACUCGAGACAUUCUGUCUGCAGAUAAAGUUGACGGACACUCCAACGAAAUAGUCGAGGGGAUAGCGGCUUUGGCGGUGGUGACUGUGGACCUGGCUGUGCACCACUUGGCUCUGAGUUGUGAUGAACUUACUUUGUCAGUAUGUGGCAUGUCUAAGGAGGCGGUUUUGUCCCUCACAUUCUAUGAUGUCCGCACCUUCAUGAACAAGGCAAGACCACAGAAGCUACCUUUUGCCUCACUGCUGCCAGCAGUAUCCCCCAACACUUCAGUGCAGGACCUGAAGUGGAAUCCUGUGCUGGCAUCCAUGUUGGCUGCCUGUCUGUCUAAUGGCAGUAUGAUGAUUUUGGAUGUUACUGAUGGUGUCAAAGUGCAGGCAGAGCUACCUGCUUCAAGUGGCAUCACAUGCAUUUGCUGGAGCCCAAAAGGAAAACAAGUCGCUGCAGGAAAAAUGAAUGCCACAGUCAUCCAGUAUACACCAGAACUAGAUGAAAAGAAAGUUAUCCCCUGUCCACACUUCUACACCUCUGACGAACCUGUCAAAGUUCUGGAUGUACUGUGGCUGAAAACCUUUGUGUUUGCGGUGGUAUAUGCCGCUGCAGAUGGGUCCCUUGAGACCCCUCCUGAGCUGGUGCUGAUCUCCAUCCCUAAGAAGGAUGAGAAGGUGGAGACAAAGUAUGUCAACUUCAGUGACACGGUGUACGGCAGUUGCACUGAGCGACAACACCACUACUUCCUUAGCCACGUGGAAGACUGGGACCUUGUGUUUGCGGCAUCAGCAGCUUCCAUUGAAGUCAGCAUCAUAGCCAGACAAGAGGACAAGAUCUGGGAGCUUUGGAUCCUGGAGGAUGCGAGUAGAGCCGAGCUUCCAGUGACGGAGACAAAUGACGACACUUUUCCCCUUGGCUUAGCCAUAGACUACACCAGCCAGCAGGAGAUCCACAUCACUGAUGAGAAGACCUUGCCACCAGCGCCCAUUAUGCUAAUGCUAUCCACAGAAGGAUUACUCUGCCCAUUUGCUCUGCUUAACCUCAAUCCUGGGGUUAAGCAACUGGUCUCAGCCUCCACUACCCUCGCCUUGGAGGGGGAGAGACUGCCCAAGCAAGGUUCUUUGGCAACCCAACCACCCAAAAUUGCUGCCUUCACCCCAUCUGCCCCAGCAACAUUCCCAAACCUUGGUCUUACUUCAGCAGCUGCUUCCGCCCCUGCUGCCUCUUCCUCUGCUGCCCCAUUCAACGUUGCUGUCACAGCUCCGGUGUCAUCGUCGUCGUCAUCAGGCUUCAUUUUCUCUGUUCCAACAACAAACGCCACCUCUGCCCCUUCAGCUUUCUCCCUGGGGGUAACUGCACCUUUUGGCUCAGGAUCCUCAGGCUUCUCCUUUGCCUCCAAACCUCCCUCUGACACCCCCUCAGCACUUUCAGCCUUUUCUUUCACCCCUUCAAUCAAACCAUCAGCAGUGGCUCCUCCAGCAUCAACACCACAGAGCAUUGCUGCUGCCUCUCCACAAAUGGUGAAAAUGAAUCUAAAUGAGAGGUUUUCAGCACUGGAGACCCCAGCACCAACCCCGCAGUCUUUCUCCUUUAAUUCCUCGCUGCCCAAAACAGUGGUCUCCAAUUCCACUUCUUUAACCGCUCCUCCACUCUCAGUCACUAAGCCACCAGCUGUAUUAGCCCCAGUGCGCCCAGUUCAAACCAGCACACCACCCACGGUCGUCCAGAAACCUGCUCCUGCUGUCCAGGGUGGUGUCCAAACUCCACAGGCAGCUGUUAGUGUGAAGGCCCUGGAGAGGCAGCUGCAGCAAAAGAAAGACUGUGAUCCCAUAAUGGCUGGUAUAUUGGAGGAGAUCGCACACUUCCAGAAGGAGUUAGAUGACCUGAAGGCACGAAGCGCAAGAGCUGACUUCAAAGUUGGCACCAAUGAGGAGAUGAAGGAGUUGAGGAAGGAGUCAGAGGACCUCCAUAUUUUCACCCUGGAGAUAAAGGAAACAACAGAGUCUCUACAUGGGGACAUUGGUAUACUGAAGACCACCCUACUGGAGGGCUUUGCGGGGACAGAAGAAGCCAAGGCCCAGAGUGAGUUGAGGAGAGACAGAAAUUACAGGCAGCUGCUGUACAAAAAACCUCUGGACCCACGCAGUGAGGAACACCUCAAGGAGAUUCGCAGGCUGUACCAGUAUGUUUCGUUUGCUGUGGAAGAUGUUAAUGACGUGUUGGAUGUGGAAUGGGAGAAACACCUGGAAAAUAAGAAAAAGCAGAAACACAUGGUCGUGCCAGGGCGUGAGGGUCUGUUUACUACACUGGCCAACAACCUGUACAUUAUCAACCAGCAGAAGAACAGAUUGGACCAGUUGGUCAAGGAACUCUCCUCACUGCGCCUCUAUAACAAGACUACCACUUCAGCUGUAAACCGCAAUACUGCAACUGCAACAGAUGCAGGUUUGGAAAGCGAGCUUGAGAGUUUAAGGGACGCACUCCUGAAAGCCAGACUGGACACCACCCCCCCGAAGACCAAAUCCAAAUCACCAGCAGUCAAGAUAUCGCCUAUGAAACAGUCCCAGCUGCGGAACUUCCUCUCAAAGGGACAGAUGCCUCCUGUCCGCUCAACUGCACCAGCCAACCUGUCUCGCUCAGCCUUCCUUUCACCUAAAUACUAUGAGGACUUGGAUGAUGUGAGCUCUACAUCCUCCCUGUCCCAGUCCCUGGAGCCUCACCCGGCUCACUUGGAGCGGGAGGAGGAGGAGGAGGAAGAGGAGGAGGAGGAGGAGGAGGAACUACAGCCAGAACCCCUUCCCCUUGUCAUUCCCCCAGCAUUGUCAACCCCCCGCCACCCCACAGUGGUGAGGACUCCCUCUAUCCAGCCAGGCUUCGGGGCCAUCCAGUCCACCCCUUUAACCAAGCUUCACUCAGUACAGGGUAUGGGCUUUGGACUCAGCCCUAUUGCCAGCCCUGUUCCAACUAAUAAGAUCAACCUCAGCGGGGCUGAUAGCACUGCCCUUGCCACAAAGACAGUGAAACAUGGAGCCCCACCAACCGAGAGGACCAUCCCUGUCACCAUCCCUGCCCAUCAGGCUGCAGCCAAUGCUGCUCUACGCAGGCAGAUGGCCAAUCAGAAGUCGGCUGUUGUCAGUACUUCCUUGACAGAGUCCGCUUUGAAGACAGUUCCUCAGGUGGUCAAUGUCCAGGAGUUCAAGGACAAAGGGCCUCCUGCGCCGGUUUCCAAUAUCGUCAGCUCAUCAGUACCAGAUCCAGCAGCUCAGGUCUUUGCAACAGUUUCUUCCAACCAGGCCAAACGAAAUCCUAGCCAGGGUAUCCAGAAGAUGUCCACUGAAAGUACAACCCCACUGGGAGGCUUCAUGUUUGGUCAGUCGUCCAAAACAGAUGUUUCCGUGGCUCCUGCUAGUUCAGCAGAGCAAAGCUCCAGCAAAGGUUUCUCCUUCACAUCAGGGUCCUCGGGCUUCAGUUUUGCUUCAGUUCCACAGGUAGCUGGAAUUUCACAAGUGAAAGAUGUCAAUAAAUUUUCCUUUGGUGGAAAUGGCAAGAUAAUGUUUGGCCAGACUGGAGAGGAGCCAUUCCCUCUCACCCCAAAGUCCACCUCCCCUGCUCUUGGCUCUGGGUCUCCCACCCUGCCUCCAUACCCGUCAGUAGAAAAACCCACCUCCACCGCAGCUGCCCUCAGGAUAGAGCCACAGCCGCCACCUAAGACAAUUGGAGGAGAGACUCUGGGCAGCUUCUCUGGACUACGUGUGGGCCACGGAGAAGAAGCUAAUGAUUCAUCCACUAAACCUGCUGCUGCCUCAUUUGCAUUUGGGGAAGCUGGACUUGGAAUGGGCAAGGGAGCACCACAGUUCAGCUUUGGCGCAGGGCUCCAGAAGUCUGUAGAAGAUUCUACAGGAGCAGACUUGUCCAAGGGGGCAGGGUCAGGCAGUUUGUUCAAGCCUCCUGAUUCCAACCCCAAGCCGGCCUUCUCUGUUCCCCAGUCUAGCUCAGCUGCCCCAUCUUUACCUACAUCUUUCAGUAGUCUUAUUGCAGCUUCUUCAGACUCCUCAGAGGAACCGAAAGCUCCUCCACAACCAUCAGAGCCCACGCCACCCCCUGAAAAAGAACCUGCUUCUGAACCAGCCAUAGAGAGCGGCAGUCCCCUCGUAGUAACUAAGCCAGCAGCAGAUGUGGCUGCCACAGAAACCACAUCAGCCACAGUUACAGCAUCAACACCCGCACCUCCUUUGGCCACAGCUGCACCCACACCAAACCCUCCCUCCUCCUUCACCGCACCAACUGAAGCAGCCCCUCCAACACCAGCCAGUGCGGCGCCUACAACAGAAGCCCCCCCAGACACCACCACUGUUCCUGUGCCCGCUCCAGCUGCUGCCACCCCUGCUGUAGUGCCUGUCUCUCACAUAGCUCCAGCAGCAUUCCAGGUGCCCAGUUCUGACAAACCAGGAUCCAUUUUUACUCAGCCUGCUCCUGCAACAACAGACAGCAGUUCCCUUGGAGUUACACCAGUUAUCAACACAGUUGCCCCUGCAGCCACCACUCCCACCGCUACUGUUGUUAACAGUACAACAACAGCAGCUGCCAGCAUUGUGUUUGGGCAACCUGCUGCACCUCCAACUUCCUCAGCCCCCUCAGCCCCAGUAUCCACAGAAUUUGGCUCAACUGGGUUUGGCACAUCAACUGGAACUGGGUUUAGCAAAUCCGUGUUUGGCCAGGUGAGUGGCUUUGGCCAGUCUGCUAGCAACACUGGAUCAGCCAGUGGCUUUUCUUUUGGCCAAUCAGCAUUCGGAGCAAGUUCUAAUGGUGCGACUACCGGAGGAAGUCUUUUUGGUGCUUCUACUCCCAGCAAUGCCAGUUCCUUCUCCUUUGGCACGAGCGGUGCCAACACAGCCAGCAGCACUGGCUCGGGGCUGUUUGGACAAAGCACAGCACCAGCAUUUGGCCAGAGCUCUGGAUUUGGUUCUGGGUCUGUGUUUGGGAGUAACACCACCACAUCUUCAUCUACAGGAUUCAGCUUUGGACAGUCCUCAGGUGAGUCUUUUGGCUGCUCUUCAGCCACACCUGUGUUUGGGCAACAACCUGGCAGUGGGAGUGUAUUUGGACAGCAGCAGCAAUCUUCUGGUGGGAGUCUUUUUGGUUCAGGUUCAGCCAACACAGCAGGCUCAACUACUGCUGGAGGGUUUUUCAGCGGCCUGGGAGGUAAACCGAGCGAAGACGCUGCCAACAAGAACCCAUUCGGCACUGCAGCCACAACUGGAGGGUUUGGACAGCCUGCUCAGACAGGUUCAAACAGUCUGUUUGGGAAUAGUGGUGCCAAGACGUUUGCUUUUGGACAGUCCUCCUUUGGUGAGCAGAAACCUAGUGGAACUUUCAGCACCGGUGCAGGGAGUGUCGCAGCCCAGGGAUUCGGCUCUUUCUCUACUCCAACAAAACCAGGUGGCUUUGGCACUGCUCCAGUAUUUGGGAGUCCCCCUUCCUUUGGUAGUUCUCCAGCAUUUGGUGGCGCAGCAUCAUUUGGCUCGAGCCCUUCCUUCAACAACAACAUGGGUCCCUCAGCUGGUAAAGUGUUCGGAGAGGGAACAGCCGCUGCUAACAUGGGAGGAUUUGGGUUUGCCUCGCCUCCCAGCGCCCCGUCUUUUGGCGCUCUAGCCAAUCAGAACCCUCCGUCAUUCGGGGCCCUGGCCCAGCAGGGCUCUGGGUUUGGAAGUCAGCCCAGCAGCUUCUCAGGCUUUGGACAACAGCCGCAGACAGGAGGAUUCUCUGGAAACGCCUUCGGGUCUACAAACCAAUCAAGUCCACAAACAUUUGCCAGUUGGAGAAGCUAGUUUUAUUAAACCUCCAUGAGCUAGACGCCACUGCUACAGUACUAUCUGCAAUCAAGCUCUUUGUGCCACGCAAUGGGUGGAAGGAAAGGGGAAUUAUUGUUACGUUUAGGUUAAUGGGGUAAAUGAAGUGAAUUAGAAGAUAUAUUUAAUUGCAUUUUCUUUGUAGAAAAUGUUUGUAUAAUUACAAGUUUUUCAAGCAGCUUGCAGAGUGCAGUUCAUUCUCUACAUAUAUACAUUCAUUUUGGAAGUUAAUGUCAUAUUACCCUAUCUUAGUAUUUUCUUAGACAGUAGGGUUAAGUACUGACAUCCAUACGUGUAGAAGACAGGUUAGUGUGACGUACGAAGAAAAAACAGAUUUUCUAUAAUGUGUUUGAAAAUUUAUAGAAAACUGAAACAUAAUCAUUUUGUAAACAGGUUCAUGGCCUUCUUCAGAAAAUGUAGUACAUUUUGUGUCAGCACGUUUUUGUUUUUCUACUUUUAAACAUGGACAUGCACCAAAACGUUCGGGCUCUAAGUCUGAACAUUUCACUCUUUCAUUGAUUAAUGUUAAAUGGUGUUCUACGCGUGGUUAUAUGAUUUAAAAUCUAAUUCAGUCGUGUCAUGAACAAAUGGCAUAAAGUACAGCCAUGUAGAAUGUACCAAAAUUAAGCAAAGAAUUGUGGUUUGGG